AUGGUCGAAUUGUCAUGGAGUGCAGCCGCGGUUCCGGAUUCACGACCCACGAGAAUGAAGCCAUUGGCGCCGCCGAUCACACCACGGAACCGCGAACCUGAAUCGACCUUCGUGGCAUGUGCCUCAACCGCUUCCCUAUUCCUAUAUGCCGAAGGCUCUGCCGUUGUAUGUCUUCACCACGAUACUUUGGCUGUCGAGCGACGUUUCGAAAACCAUACAGAUGAUGUUGGCUUUAUAUCAGUGGACAAUGUCAGCGAGCGGGGCGCAGGAAGGCUAGUCGUGAGCUAUGAUGUUGGCAAGACAGCAGUUGUCUGGGAUCUCUUUACGGGCUCUGUGAUUGCAAGGUUCGCAUCCUUCGAGCAGCUCAAUGUGGCCGCUUGGAUGCGCAACGGAAAUGUGGCAUUUGGGAAUGACAAGGGUGAUGUAAUCCUAUUCGAACCGUCGACUUCGGAGCACAUCUCUUGCCGCACUAUUUUCGAUCCUAUCACAGCUCUGGCGCCGUCCUCGGACUGCCGAACAUACGCCAUUGGGUACCAGAAUGGAUCAAUUUUGAUAGCCACGCUCCACCCCACAUUUAGUAUCUUACAUACCAUGACCACGUCACGUGGGCCGUCGCGAAUUGUUUCACUUGCAUGGCAUGCAUCAUCAUCGAAACAGAAGUCGGAUAUGCUAGCUACUCUAUCUGCCAAUGGUGACCUCAGAGUAUGGAGCGUAGCGAAGCCAGCUGGUAAAGACGCGCCGCGGGUGAUCAGGGUUCUCAAAAGAUCUGAUACAUCCCCAUCCUCUGAACCAAAGUGGAUGGCAUGGUCUAAGAAUGGGAGAAUUGUACAGUAUCUCGAAGGGGAGACGUGGGCCUGGGAUGUCCGGACUAAACAUAUUACUUCGGAACCAGUUCCGACGAUCGAUAGCCCUCGUGGUUUUGCCAAUUAUGGACCAACUGCCACCCUAUUUACAUUGGGCCCUCAUAAUACUGUACAGCAGUAUGACCUUGAAAAUCCGGGGCUAGUCGCCAAUGUACAGCAUCUUCCCGGCGGAGCGGUAUCAACAUCAGGAGAUGUCAAAGCCCGUAGUGCAUCUGCACGCACAUUGCAAGACCCACCAGAUAUGAAGGAAUCCGGUGCUAUGUUCGGCACCAGACGAGCCCCAUUUGAUCCAAGUGGCAUCGAGGUUGUACGGCAACAGCGUGCUGAGCUGGCCAGCCCUGUCUCGCGAAGCCAUGCAAACUCCGUGAGUUCAAAGGCCUCCUCAGGAAAGUACAGAGUGACACCAUUUUCACCCCCGAGUAGAUCUGGCCACACUGCCACAUCCUUCUCCCUGACCUCGGCUAGUGGAAGGGAGACCCCUCAGGCAUCUGGAGCAUCUUAUGCGUAUGCCUCUUCGGUCUCUAUGUCAUCCGUGAAAAGCUCCCGUGCUGGUUCUCGCUUGCGGAACGAAGUCUAUCCGAGCCCGGCGGAGAAGCUGAUAGACCUGUUUCCUAUCACACGUGAGCGACUCAACGAUGUGCCAUAUAGCCGCCAGCAGCCCUUGGAUGAGUCACAUCUGACGCCAGAUGAUCUCCGUCGCCAAAUGUUGAGUGUAGUCUUUGGCUGGGAUGACGAUAUUGACGGGCUGAUUAACGAUGAGCUAAGUCGCCACAACCCGGGUACUCAGAGCGCCAUUCUACUAGCGCAGUGGCUUGGGGAGUCGGAUACGGACCAAAUGGUGUCAAUGCUUAGUUCCGGGUCUGCUUCGAUGGCAGAUUGGAUGCUACUUGCUUUCAGCCAGAUGAGUGGUGAAUCACAGGCAAAUAAGGUUGGACAAGCCUUUGUUCAGAAGCUUCUGGAGAUUGGCGACGUGCAUACUGCAGCUACUAUUCUACUCGGACUCGGUGAUAAGAAUGACGCGAUCGAGGUUUACGUCUCCCAGAGCUACUACAUGGAAGCCAUCUUGAUGGCGUGUCUGGUGACGCCCACAGAUUGGCAACGCCAAUCAUAUCUUGUCCGGCGUUGGGGAGAGCAUGUGGUUUCUCACUCCCAGCAGCAGUUAGCAAUCCGCUGCUUCAUGUGUACAGGUGUAGAGCCUUCUGAGCCUUGGACUUCUCCAGCUGCACAACAGGCUACCUCCUUUGCCGAAAUGAUGUCAAGGAAGUCACCAAUACCGUCCCCAGAGCCUCCUUAUUCCAAUCCUGCAGGCCUGUUACCUCCCAGCUCACAAACAAAGGCUCCUCUCAAUAGCCGACAAGCUAAAACUCCAGCACUCAAGCUCAUCACGUCAUUUGACUCACAGCCGAGUCAAAAGUUUCGAUUCCCCGGCUUGAAAUCAGACGAUCGGACGCCCACGAAUGCGCCCGGAGUUACGCCCAUUGCUGAAUCUGCUGUCGCCGAUUCUGCAUUGUCUCCAGGAGGCUUUGGUUCAUACAAACUGAACAACAUUCACAGUCUCAACAAUGCAAUGAGCUCUCGCACGGGCACUCCAGCAAUUAAUAGGGGUCGCUUGCCUUCGAUCGGGGAAACCCCUGUUGAUGUGCAGCCCCCAAGUUUUCCUUCCAAUGGCCCCAAGAAGCUCGUUGACUACGGGUCAACUUCGGAGAAUGAUGACCAAGAAGAACCCACUGGUGAUGAUAAAAAAGAGCUCCUUGGCUUACUUCCUUCCGCGAGAUAUGAUCCCGAUGACGCAUUCAAGCCAAGUCCCCAGACAGCAGUUCAGGCGAGCGCAGAUAAAUUUGCAGGUAUCAAGGGCCUGCCGUCUCCGGCAGCCGGGGUUUUCGAGGCUUUGAAAGAGCGAUCUGACAGUCGUAAUGAAACUAAGGAUCGGAAACCUGGCGGGCUACAGCUUCAUUUGCAACCUGUUGAAUACUCUGGUACCGAUGCAGCAGACCAGUCGGAUAUGGGUGACUUUAGAAGCCCGACCUCGACGUUAAACAGUUUCAGCUCUGCCAAAAGCCCUAGUGUGAGUGGGCGGAGUAUUGAUCAAUAUAUCAGUAGUCUUGAUGAGGCGAGUUACCAUGCGAAGAAAUAUCACAACUAUCGCUCUAAUGGCGGAAGACGGAAUAUGGAUGAAAUGCCCAGCCAGAGUUCGGCAAAGCGACAGCACUCUGGGAACACAUCCCAGGACACGCGUGGGCGACAUGAAAAAAGACACAUUCCACCUGCCAAGCGAUCCCCCUCUUCACCAGUCCCUAUGACUCAUGAAGAAAUAGCUCGUUACAACAAUGCCCAUGGGGACCACGAGGAUUCUCGCCGGGCUAAACACCGUUCGAAGACCCGAAGCGCAAGCAGGGUUAGGAAGCCGCGUUCUCGGAACUCAUCCGAACGCCGAAAGAACCGUUCAUCCAGUCGCCAUACAACUAGUCGGGUUGGCGCCGAGAAACACGAGCGUGGCCGCAGUGCUGAUCGAAAAGGAUCACACACUAGAUCUCCUUCUCCUCCAUUACCCACGUCUACUACGGACGAUGCAUUCAGGCUGGUAGCCAGUGAUAGGGAGAGGAGAUCUCAGCACCGAAGUAGCAGCCGACGCCCGGACAAAGGUAAAGCAGACCCAAGGGCAAGAUCCUGUAGUCGUCAUGAUCCCGAACCCAAGCCGGACACGGUAAAUGACCAGAGCGAUGUGGGUAUCAAUAACAAUUCGCGAGGCCUUGUUGUCGAGAUUCCACCCCACGACAACCAUGAUGUCUUGACCGAAGAGAAUCGCGCCAUGCACUCCGCCACUGUGCCUCCAGCCGUACCCCAGUUCGGAUUGUCAGAACAGAGAAGGAAAGAGCUCGCAGCGGCGGAACUAGAGGCACGACGACUUUCCCUUGCGCGCAAUCCAUCUGCGCCCAACAUUCCCUUCCCGGGAGAUCUGCAAUAUAGUCGGAACGUUCCGGAAAGUCCUCCAUUUUCAGUGAGUUCCUUUGGCCCACGCACGCCAGGCCGGCGGAGAGUUUCAUCGAGCAAGGCAUCCCCAGAGUACCCAAGCAGUUCGGACUCUAACUCAUCCCUCUCCGGGCCGUCUGGUUUGGGCGCAACCCCUAGGGCUAUGCGGCACCCCAAGUAUAACGGUCCCCAGGAGACUACUCCAUCCGCUCCGAACAUUCCAGACUGCGUCGUUCUCCUUAGUGAUGCCAGGUAUCAAGCUGAUGCUGAGAGAAUUGGUCGCUCCAUGUCAGUUCCGGUGCCUGACAUGCAACAGCCUGGAACAGUGCCCUCUGAUCUGCCAAUGCAUCCACGAUUCAACCCGCAUCUUCCGAGAAGCCGCUCAUCCAGCAGAACGCGAAACACGGGCCACCAACGUGACAGUUCACGGGAACAGGGUGGGUACAGCUAUGGAGGCUCUCCAGUGAGUAUCAGCAUCGAAGAAGGAAUCGAGAACACGAUGGAACUGAGACAAUAUGAAACCCCUCCUAUUUUACCAGAGCUACAACACUUGAAUGCUCUCCCACCACCGCCACCGCCUGUCCCUGUGAUGGAUUGUGCGUCACCGCGCGAGUCGUCCGGGACUAUAGACAUUGUUAUUGACAAUGAAAACACGGGAAAGCUGCUUCCCCGGGCAAUGACAGCUGCGCCCACUCUGAGCAUGGAGAUGCGACCGACCCUGGAUCGCCGCCGGAUGUCAUUCGAACAUCGACGCGGCAAAAGCGUGAACGAAAGCUUCUCCAGUAAGAUUCGCCAUCUUGCUCGUAUGGGUAGUGUUAAUCGAGGACCCGAUAGUUGGGCUGAGUCGCAUUUUCCAUACGAAAGUAUACCCGUGGCAGAAGGCCGCAUCUAG